AUUUUCACCUUGCGAACCUGGUAAACAGCGGCAAUAUCAUUUUCUUUGCUACAUCCUGUGUUUAUGGGGAUGCUUGGUUCUGAUGAGAAGCAACCGUUUCUGAAAGAGAAAGAAGUUACGAAUCAUAAAAAAAGAAACAUUGAUUCCUGGUACAAGCGUCCAGUUUGGGACGAUGACCAAAAAACUAAGUAUAUGAUGGGGCGCAGUUUUUGUGGAUGGAUUAAGUUUUGGUUGCACUACUUUAUUCUGUACAUAUGUCUGUUGAUAAUAAUGAUGGGCAUGUUAAUAAUAAUUACUCAGCUUAUUAUUAGUAAUGACCAACCUUACAUAACUGGAAUGGACAGUCCGCUUGCACUUUCACCAGGCUUAGGAAUGAGACCACGUAAUGAUUUUAAGACAACUUUAAUUGCUUACGCUUCAUCUGAUCCACAAACAUAUAUGCCAUUUGUACAAGAUAUACGAACAUUUCUUUAUUUCUACGAAGAAGUCAAUAUACAACCACAGGAUGGAUUUGCAACGUGUGAUAAAAUUAAAUCACCAGAUGAUGUUGAUUUAGUGUGUAAAUUUUAUCCACAUGAUAUGGGUGUAUGUGUUAAAGAGAAUAAUUUUGGAUAUGAUAGAAGUCAACCAUGUGUCAUCAUGAAAAUUAAUAAGGUUUAUGGUUGGCUCCCUGAUAUUGUGAAUAAAACCUUAUCAAAUAAUCCUCUUGUUAGAUGUCAUGGUCAAAAUCCUCAAGACUUGGAAAAUUUUGGUGAAGUACUAUAUUUUCCUAAUAUUACUGUUGAUGGAAAAACUUACGGUUUCUUUAGUCAUUUAUACUUUCCAUAUCUUAUGCAAGUGGCUUAUCGUUCACCACUUGUUGCUGUACAAUUUGCAAGUCCUAAACGUCAUGUUCUACUAAUGGUACGCUGUGAAUUAUUUAAUGUACAUAAUCCUGGUGAUCCCAUGGAUUUUGAAAUUUUAGUAGAUUGAUUAACUAUUGAACAAUGUUGUACUUAUAACUCCCUUUUUUGUUUUUUCUUUCCGGUUUAUUUGUUUCUUUGAGUCAGUUUAUUCAUUUUGGUUUGAAUAGUUUUUUCCUGGUUAGCGUUUUUUAGCGAGUUAGUUUUCUAACGGAUAGGAUCGCUAAUCAUCCCAUGACCAACUCUUCUCCUUUAUCCGAGCUUGGGAUUGGCAAUAGCCCCCCUAAGGGGCUACAGUGGGAGUUGUUAAUCUUACAAUUCACUAAUCUUUUUAAAUGUACAUCUGUUCAUCUAUUAUCUACACGUCUGUCGAUCUUUCCAAAUUUAUGUUUGUCUACUUAACUAUCAGUUCAAUUGAAUACGAAAUCUUAGUUUGUUUUGAACAAAAAAACUUUAUUUCAAGAAUAAAGGAAAAUGUAACGGGAUGUUUUCUCUUUGAAUAUGAAUUCUUCCUUAUUUAUAAUCCUCAAAAUGUUACCAUGUCGUUAGCUUUUAAUAAUUUUUUUCUGGUUAGCGUUUUUUAGCGAGUUGGUUUUCUACGGGACGGGGUCGCUAACCCCAUUUCCAACCCUCCUCCUUUAUCCGGGCUUGGGAUCGGCAGUAGCUUCCGGAGGAGCUACAGGCGGAGUUUCCAUGUUGUUAAAUGUUCGUUUAUUUUGUACAGACACUUUUUGUGAAAAAAGAAAAAAAAUUUUUCAGUAUUCGUGAAAUGUCCGUUCAUUUAAAUGUUGGAAAAAGAGAAACUCAAUAAAUUCAAUCAAGAUUUCUUUU